AUGGCAGAGACUUGGCUUCAAUCGGCUGCCCGUAACUCAGUCUUUGAGGUUUUAAAACGCCUUCAACACGGCCGCUUAACUAUCGCAACCAAGUACACCAACGAAAAGAGUCAGAGCGUAACUUUUGGCAAUGGAAGCUCCGAAUCAGAUCUUGUUAUCGUAGUUAUUAUCAAAAAUCCUCAAGUAUUUGUUCGGCUCUGUCAAGGAUUUGACUUGGGAGUCGCAGAGUCAUACAUGGCACAAGACUUGGAAUGUGAUAAUCUUGUUGGUCUAUUCUCGCUUUACAUAAGGAAUAAAGACUUUUUGAGCGCCUCCGCUGGUAGCCUUCUAUAUACAUUCCUACCUCGCGCAGCGCAGUAUCUCUUACCGACCAAUGACACCAUAAAUGCCCUCAAGAAUGCAUCGUUCCAUUAUGAUACUUCCAACAAACAUUUUGCCGGCUUUCUAUCUCCUGAUAUGAACUACAGUUCUGCUAUCUGGUCAGGCGAGCCGGGAGAAUCGCUCGAGUCAGCUCAGCGCCGCAAGGUCCAGAAUAUCCUCGAUAAAGCCGACAUAUCAUCCACCAAUCAUGUUUUGGACAUUGGAUGCGGCUGGGGAAAUUUGGCCAUUACUGCCGUUCAGCAGACUGGAUGCCGGGUAACUGGUCUCACCCUGUCGGCAGAGCAGAAAACACUUGCUGAAGAACGGAUCAAGGCUGCGGGUCUGCAGGACAAGAUCACCAUCUUGCUCUGUGACUAUCGCAAAGCCCCUGUUCCCGAGGGUGGAUAUGACCGAAUCAUCUCCAUCGAGAUGCUGGAGCACGUUGGUGACAAGUUUAUGAAUACGUACUUUGAACACAUUUCCAAAUAUUUGAAGCCAAACGGAGGCCGCAUGGUAGUUCAAGGCAUUACAAAAAUUAACUCUCUGAACGCCAGUGGCCAAGCUCUAGGUGACUUUCUCUACCAGUACAUCUUUCCGGGAGGAUACCUUCCGACCAUCAACCAGCUCUUGACAUCAAUUCACAGCGGCUCCAACGGCACGCUGGAAGUAGAAACGGUUGAGAGCAUUGGGCCUCACUACGUUCAAACACUGCAAAGCUGGAAAGACAACUUUGACGCAAACUGGGACAGCAUCAGAGAGGACUUUGUGGGCAAGAAUCCCGAAGCCACAGAGUCGACAAUUGAAGCGCAUCGGCGACGGUGGAUAUAUUAUUUCCAAUAUUGUCUAGCUAUAUUCAAGAUGCGCGUUCUAGACGACUAUAUUAUUUCUGCUAUUCGGACUCCUUGGCCUGAAAUGCAGUCAAAUAUUCCGCACUAG